GCGCCGUUGUUACCGCCGCUGCCGUCGCCGCCGCCACUGCCACCGACAGGUGGAUGAGUAGGUAGGUCGGAUAGCGUGAGGGAGGCGGUGAGUCGUCUCCGUGACAUCGUUCCCGCAGGACCUUGGCUGGAGGGUGAUUGCGGCGGUGCUAUGGUGUCUGGAGGCCAGGUGCACCAUGUCUAGACCGGGGGUCCUGGGCGGCGCUCGCACCGGGCUCGGGCUGGUGCUCGGGGCCGCCGCGGGCCUCGGGCUCCUCUGUGCCUUCUAUAUCCACCGGAGGAAACGGACCCAGAGCCAUGGCGGGAACUGGAACGCGUCCAACUCUCUGGGCUACACCCGCACCCCGGAGUCUCACCGUCAGGUGAUGCUCUUGCAGGCAGCACCGGGAGAGGCUGGUGAUGCUGUGUCUAUUCCCAGCAUGCCAAAGGAGAAGCAAGAGGAGGUGUUGGAUCGCCUGGAGUUUGUGUUGAGCAGCCUCACUGAGCUUCGGCAAGAGGUGGAAGAACUGAGGAAUAGCCUUCGGGGUCUUGCUGGGGAGAUUGUGGGGGAGGUCAAGUCUCAGAUGGAAGAGAACCAAAGAGUGAGUCGGAGGAGAAGGUAUCCAUUCAGCAGGGAAAGAAGAGACUCCACUGGCUCCAGCUCCAUCUACUUCAGUGCGAACUCUGGAGCGCCUUUGACCGAAGGAGAGAGCGAGGGAGGGUACACAACAGCCAACGCAGAGUCUGACUAUGACUGGGAGACUGAAAAGGAGAGUGAGGAGGAUGAAGAUGAAGUGAGCUGUGAAACUGUGAAAACGGGACGAAGGGACUCUCAGGACCUGACCGGUGACGGGGAUUCUCUCCUGCCGGCGGACUCUGCGGGUGGAGAGGAGCUGCUCCUGUUGCUGCGGCAGGCGGACGAGCUGCACCAAGGCGAUAGGCAGAGCAAGCAGGAAGGCUUUCAGCGGCUCCUCAACAACAAGCUGGCGUAUGGAAGUCGACAAGACUUUCUGUGGCGCCUGGCCCGGGCCUACAGUGACAUGUGUGACCUCUCCGAGGAGACGAAUGAGAAGAAGUCAUACGCCCAAAGUGGAAAAGAAGAAGCAGAGGCUGCCUUGGAGAAAGGGGAUGAGAGCGCUGAGUCUCACCAGUGGUACGCAGUGUUGUGUGGUCAGCUGGCUGAGCAUGAAGGCAUUCAGAGGCGCAUCCAGAGCGGUUACAUCUUCAAGGAUCACAUAGACAGAGCUCUUGCCCUCCAGCCAGAGAAUCCCAAGUCUCACUUCCUCCUUGGAAGAUGGUGCUACCAGGUGUCUCAUCUGACUUGGCUAGAAAAGAAGACUGCUGGGGCCCUGUUUGAGAGUCCUCCCAGUGCAACUGUCCAUGACGCUCUGCAGAGCUUUCUGAAGGUAGAAGAACUAAGCCCUGGGUUUUCUAAAGCUGGAAGAGUAUACAUUUCCAAGUGCUACAAGGAGCUAGGGAACAACUCUGAAGCUGGGCAGUGGAUGAAGUUGGCCCUGGAGCUGCCAGAUGUCACCAAUGAGGAUGUUGUCUGCCACCAGGACCUGGAGGAGCUGAGGGUAGCAUUGGGAGAAUAAGCACAUUCCUUGGCCUUCAUCACCAGAAGGGCAACACCACGUACAGUAGCAGGAGAGAGGGAGUCCCCUCUUGUGCCCCUGCUUGGACAACAAUUCCUCCUUUGAGUGGAGGCUGAGCAACGUUAAGGCUGGGGAAAGAGCUGGCUGCCUGGAAGCCUCUCCUGAGCUGCCACCUUGCCAUAUCUGUGUUUGCCUACUGCCACACCAUGGUUCAUUCACUCCCAGUCUUCUCUCUACCCUGAAACCAGAAAAGGAAAGGUGUGAUGAUUUUUCAUCAGAUCAAAGCUUCUGGUUUUAUGGGCUUUUUUUUUUUUAAACUAUGAAUUCUGUGGUUGAGGCAGUGGUGGCAGAAGGAAGUACCUGUGACUAUAAGCACAGGCCUGGUCAGGGCAGUGGCACUGAAAACCACCUGCCAGCUGGGGAAGUGGGAGAAUAGUGGCACUACUUUUUAGCUGAUAGGGAGGUAAAUGCACUUUAUAAAGCCUUGGGAACAAAGUAUAGCACUCUCUCUUUUCAUCCUUUUCACUGACCAGUCCCAGCUUCACUGUAAAUAAUACCCCUAGGAUCCCCACCCUGCUUGGUCAGGGUAAGAGGAAGGGGUAUGAGAAGACUAGACAUUCCCUUCAUCUUUCCCCUGAUGUGGGCUCAGGCUUGUGGUGGCAUCUGGCCGUUUCUUCCCUGCCUGAGCCAUGACACCUUUUUUAAAGUGAGGAAUUAUCUUGUUUAGGGCACUAAUAAAGCUAUGGUAUUUAUAGCUGCCUGGUCUGUAUUGUGGUACAAAAUUGAAAUAAACCAGCUCAAAUGGCAGUGAGAUCAAG